AUGGAAAAUGUGUGUCUGAUGCGCAUUUCUUAUAUCCCAAAGGAACGACGUCAUCUGCCGUCUUGGCGCCAUCGAUCGUCGAAUCUCCGAUCGCAUUCCAUCGCCAACUUCCUCUCCUCCAUCAUCUUCAGAGCUCCAACCAUGCAGCCAUCUCAGGAGCACCGAGGCAGUCCAAAUGAUCGGCCAGGCACGCCUCCUCGUCCUCCUUAUUCUCCUGUAACACCCGUCCUCAACCAUCUUACUCCCCUUCCAAACAACAGCUUCCCCGCAUCGUCGGGUCCGUCGCACUCUAUUAUUCCUCCUGCUCGAUCUCCCUCUCCAACAAGUCAAGUCGCGCCACAAACUUCGACCUCAAUUACCUCGAAAUUACCACCGCCCCCGGUAUUCACCCCCGAACCUCCGCCAGUGCCGAUUUCCGAAAGCGAGAAUCCCGACGCUAUCGCGUUGCGGUCGGCUAUCUCCAUUCUCCAGCUCCAGAAGCAACAGAGUCUGCGCGACAUCCAGUCGCUGGAGAGGUUGAAGAAAGCAGCAGCGGAAGAUCCGGAGGGUUUUGCGCGUGAAUUGGCGGCGGGAAAUCUGUCAGCGAAAGAUCCCGGUGGCUAUGUCAAUUUCACCCAUGAUGAGGAGGAAAAGGUGGCCGAGGGCGACGGCGAGGACGGGCAAGAGGGAACCCGAACAGGACUGGGAGCGAUACCAACGCCGCAGAAUGUGGUUCGUAUGCCUCCUAUCAACUGGGCCAAGUAUCAGAUAGUGGGUGAUCCGCUGGAUCGGAUGCACGAGGAUCAACGUCGACGACCUUUCCCCGGGGAACCUAGACGGGAGGAUCAUACGCAGAGGGCACCAGAGCAUAUCCUGGCUUCACCGUAUCGCCCAUUAGUAGAUAAGCUGGAGACUCCAAGCAAAGUAAAAGGUACCAGCAAAAGCAAGAAGACAUAG